CUUAUUUUUCUUAUAAUAGCUUUAUGUGUGGGACAGAAUGUCAUUAAUGACUGAGAGAUGUUUCCACCAUGAAAACGACUCAGUUCUGGGUAUGUGCACUGCUAGUCUUUGUGUCUGGUCUUUGUGUGGCCUGUGUAUAUCCACCAGACCUUUUGUUUGUCUGUCUUCCUGUGUGGAAUAUCAACAUCCUCUCAUGCUUCACCCCACCCAGUGAAACCAAAGUAGCCAAAUCUCUCUACUACCUCUGUCUGCUGCAACAACCUCUCUGUCUCAUUACUAAUCUCUGUCCUUUCAAACUGUGUCUUUUAUGUCUGUGGAAGACAGUCUGUGCAUUUCUCUUACUGUGAAGCAGAUUAGCCUCCUCAGGACUGAAUCACCGUGGUUGACUGAAGAGGAUGAGGAUGUUCUGCUGAACCCACCCAACACUCACAACCCUUCAUUCUCCUCACUGCCCUCAUUCUCACCACUGCCUUCAUCAUGAACCACACUCCCAGCCCACACCUCUCAGAAGGUGGUAGGUCGGCUGGAGGCGGGCUGCUAUGUAGCCUGGGUCUGGGAUCCGACAGGGGGAUCCGCUCCCCGGAUAGCCUAACCCACACCCCCAGUCCCACAGGGGAAACCCCUAGCUCCAGUCCCCCGCUGCUGCUGUCACCCGGGCUCGGAGGCCUCGGGCUGGGAUCCCUCUGCGCAAUGGGUGAAGGAGCUGGGGCCGACUGGGAGAGCAGGGAGGAGCUGCGGCUCAGGGAGUUGGAGGAGGCUCGGGCCCGUGCGGCACAGAUGGAGAAGACCAUGAGAUGGUGGUCGGACUGCACUGCCAACUGGAGAGAGAAGUGGAGCAAGGUUCGUGCAGAGCGUAACCGAGCACGUGACGAGGUUCGUCAGCUGAGACAGCGGCUGGACACUCUCACCAAAGAGUUGACCAGUGUUCGGCGGGAGAGGCAGGAACUGGCCUCUGAGAAUGAAGCGUUACGGCAGCAGACACUGCAUCUCCGUGGCGACCACACAGCUCCUCCCCCAACCGCCACCUCGCCUUCUUGCUCCCCUGCACACCCCUGUGGUGCUUCCUCCUCCUCAUCUCCAUCCAUUCCUCCCUCCUCCCCUGCUUCCUCGUCCUCUCAGGUUCACGAUGACAGCAAGCUGGACAGGAUGGGGGAGGCCCCCCCAGGGUAUCCAGAGCCAGAACCAGUAAGGGACGUGGACUUGGACAGAGAUAAGCUUGGUCAGCAACAGGAUUUGGAGCUGCUAGAUUCUGUUCUGCGUUCCAGGACCCCAGGCACUGACAGUCAGGAGGCCUGGGACAGUCGUGGUGGUGGUGGUGGCAGCGGCGGUGUUAAUGCCGCCAGCUCGCGUUUAUCCUGCGGUAUGAGCCGGCAGGAGCGCAGCAGGCAGCUGUGGGAGGACAUGAGCACAGUGGAGGAAGACUCCAGCAAACUCAACGCACUUCAGCUUCGCCUGGAUGAGUCCCAGAAAGUCCUGCUGAAAGAAAGAGAAGACAAACUUGCCCUGAGUAAGAGCAUUGAGAGGCUGGAGGCUGAACUCAGUCAGUGGAAACUUAAAUAUGAGGAGCUCAGCAAGAACAAGCAGGAGGCCCUCAAACAGUUGAAUCUGCUGAAGGAAAUACACCAGGAUGAACUUGGCCGCAUAUCUGAAGACCUGGAGGACGAGCUGGGCGCUAGGACCAGUAUGGACAAGAAACUAGCUGACCUACGAGCUGAGAUGGAGAGGCUGCAGGUGGAGAACGCUGCAGAGUGGGGGCGCAGGGAGUGUUUGGAAACCGCGAAACUGGCCUUGGAGAGGGACAACAAGAAGCUGCGGGCUCAAGCUGAAGACCUAGAGGAGCAACUGGCCAAGAAACGCCGACAGGCCGCUUCCGCACUCGACACAGACCUGAAGGCCAUCCAGAGCGAGCUGUUCGAAAGAAACAAGGAGCUGGCCGACCUUCGCCACAUUCAUGCUAAGCUGAAGAAGCAGUUCCAAGAGAAGACGGCGGAGCUCGUCCAUGCCAACCGGAGAGUCGAGAGUCAUGAGACAGAAGUCAAAAAGCUACGUCUGAGGGUGGAGGAGCUUAAGAAAGAGUUAGGACAAGCUGAGGAUGAGUUGGAUGAGUCUCAUAACCAGACCAGGAAGCUGCAGAGGUCUCUGGAUGAGCAGGUGGAGCAGACUGAGAACCUGCAGGUACAAUUGGAACACUUACAGUCAAGACUGCGGCGGCAGCAGCAAAGUCCUGGACUCUUUGGGAAGAUGCGAUCGGCUCGGUUCACUCCUGAAAACCAAGACAGUCCCACCAGCGAUAUGGAUGAGGAGGAGGGGGAACAGCUCCAGAUCCCAUGACACAGACACACACACACACACACACACACACACACACACACACACACACACACACACACACACACACAUACUGUGAUCCAUCAUAUACUGUUGAGGUAUUGUUACUCCGGAAGAAAAACUUUUUAUACUCAAAAAUUGCUAAUUGUUUUACAACUGGAAGGAGCUCAGCCGGUGAGUGUUUAAAGGACCAAUCCAGUAUUUUUAAACAUUUCACUCAGUGUCAGAUCAAAUGAUCAGUAUUAAGUGAUUUUGUCAACUGGUUACUGGACAGGAUAAUGAUCACAAAUCUGUGAGUUAUUAAAAGACCAAACAAAAAAACAAUGAAGCUUUACAGAUGAAUAAGUUUCCACACAGUAGCAGUAAAACAUACCUUACCCUUACAAAUAACUAAUACUAAGACUCACACAUGCUUGGACAUCUAUGGGGUGAUUAUUUUGUUAAAGCUAUUUACAGCUAUGAGAGUAGAGAAUUGUAUCCGUACCUAAUAUAACUAUCUCAAUCAAUGUAUGUGUAAUCAGAUUUUUUUCCACAUUUACAAAUGUGAUUACGCUCUUGUUUUCUGAAUACACAUUUCAAGAUUCCUGUACAAAUUCACAGAUGUCAAUGGACACUUGAGAUUCCUUUACAUGUUUACAUAUCUGAUUCCACACGUUUUAUGAAUGUGUACAGGAUUCUGCAGACAUAUUCAGAAUAAAGUGUGAAAUCAGUGAUGUGGUAAUGUGAACAGAAACUAAACUAGAUAAAUCUAAUUACACACAUGGAUUGAGAUAUAGUAACACUACACUCCACUCACAUGGCUGUAUAGCUUUACUGCUAAAAUGUCUCAUAUACAUUAUUAGACAAACACCAGGAGAAAACCCACCAGGAUUGCGACAGAGAUUAUGAGGACGUCUGAACAGUUACAUCCAAUAAGAGGAUCUUUCUUUAAGUGACUUGACAAACAUCCAACAAACCGCACACAUCAUAGUGUUAACAGUCAUUCUUACUUCGUAUAUCAAAAACAUUACUGCUGUUUAACCUGCACAGGCCCCACAUCUCCAUCACCAAUAUAAACACUUUUAACAGAGCAGUUCUAUAUAUAUAUAUAUAUAUAUGUAUAUAUAUAUGUAUAUAUAUAUAUAUGUAUGUAUAUAUGUAUAUAUAUAUAUGUAUAUAUAUGUCACCUGAUAUGUCAUUUUAAAUAGACCUUACUAAAUCGGUUCCCAUUUUUAACCACUAUUUGUAAAUGUGAGGAUUUUUCUUUUUCUGAUGUAUUUUAAGUUCCCAGCCGAGCACACUACACAACUUUUAGCCUCAUUUUAGCUGCGACUUGGAUGGAAUUACGACCUCAGGAUGUAUCUGUCACCUAUCAGACUCCCCUCAAACACCUGUUUAGACGACAUGUUAGACAGCAGUCACUUCUACACAGUUCCAAGCUGCUGCUCUGCUCUGAUGAAAUCCGGAUUUAAUAACCACAACCUCAUCUGACCGAAAUCACAGACGGAUAAAUUAAAGACCACAGCUUCAUCUAUAUUACUUACAAAAUAAACCGUCAGAGAGGAGCUUCGAAGCUCAUUCACGUCUAUGUCAGCUGCCAUGUGGUCAGUAGAAAGAGAUGCAUAGAGAAGGUAAGGCAAUCCUCCAGCUUGUGGGUCAGUACUGAUGGCUUUGUCCAGUCACUACAUUUUUAGCUCAGUGCUUUAAAAAAACGUCACUUGAGGAGUUUGAAAAGUUGGACAAUCUUGUGACAAAGGUGCUAAGUUGGCAAAAGUGCCUGUAAAGUUCUGAUAAUGUAAUAUAAACUGUUAUGCACCUAUUCAUUUUGAAAGAGCAGGGAAACUCCGACUAGCCAACCAAUUGUGUCACUUCAACACUGAGGCAGUCAGUCACAGAUGCUCGCCUUUCCGAGACUGUCCUCACUGUUGUGAUCCACAUCCUGAUCUACACUUUACACACCAGUAUUCCAGACGGCAAGACUAGUUAUACAUCCAGAGUUCAGUUGUUCUCUUCUGAAUUGGGAUGUGCAGGGAUGAUGCUUUAUGCACUGUUUAAAUGCUGAUAUUUAGUAUUUUACAAUAUUUAAAUUUUCCUGGAGAAAAAAAACCCUCAAUCCCAAAUAUUUGUGUCCAUUUAAUCCCUCAGGAUCAGUCUGGGUGUGAAAGCCUCCUGGGCAGCAUUUAGAGCAUUAUGGGAUAAUGAAACACACUAAAGCCCAGGCUCUCUCAUGACGAGCCACAUAUUCAACAGUAGGAGGAUUUUUGGAUUCACUGGGUGCUGGACUGAGGUGGUAAUGAUGCUGGGGUAAAUCUCCUGUGUGUGAAAGAGCUCCAGUGGAUGGAUGCAGUUGUAAAAUCAACAGAACAUUCAUAAAUCCUCCACCACCACCAUUCAACAGCCACUCUCUGAUGCUGGAGAGAGACCGAGAUAUUCUGUAGGAUUCUGAACUAUUUAUGUUGUUAUGGUUUAGUUUUAUAAAUGAUCUGUACCACAGUGGUUUUGUAUUAGCUCUAUAAAUGUCAACUGUAAAUACAAAGAAAA